AUAUAAACACUCCGUCAAAAAAAAAAAAAAAACUAAAUGGCAGUCCAUCUCGGCCGUCCAUUUCCCCUAAUCGCGAAAUCCCAACCGUCCAAUAAACUAAGAGUCACCUGCAGCUUCAAUCCGAACCACUCCGGCAAGUUAAGGAGGGAGUACACGAGCGUAAUGAUAGUCCCGACAGGGAUAGGAGCUGCCAUUGGUGGAUACGCAGGUGACGCUCUUCCUGUAGCUCGCGCUCUUUCCUCCGUCGUUGAUUGCCUCAUCACUCACCCUAAUGUGCUUAAUGCAGCAAUGCUGUACUGGCCAAUGCCUAAUGUUUUGUACGUGGAAGGUUAUGCUCUUGAUCGGUUUGCUGAAGGAUUAUGGGCGCUUCAACCUGUUAACCAAAAUAGGGUGGGGUUGGUUCUUGAUGCUGGAUUGGAGGAGGAGCUUCGGAUACGCCAUUUACAAGUGGCUGAUGCUGUGAGGGCUUCCCUUGGAUUGCCUGUGGUGGAAUAUAUUGUGACUGACACUCCUUUGGAGGUAGAAAAGUGGGUUGAUCCAAAGAGUGGGCAAUCAACAGGGAGGAUUAAACACCCUGGCUCAUUACUGAGAGCUGUUCAGUCUUUAGUUAACCGAUCAGGAGUAAAUGCCAUCGCAGUUGUUGGACGCUUUCCAGAUGAUGAUGUUGAAGACACAGAUGAAUAUCGACAAGGGAUGGGAAUAGAUCUAUUGGCAGGAGUUGAGGCAGUUAUAAGUCAUUUGGUGGUUCAGGAAUUCAGAAUUCCUUGUGCUCAUGCUCCUGCAUUAUCAUCCCUUCCCCUGAGCUUGUCUUUGUGCCCAAAAUCUGCUGCAGAGGAGUUAGGACACACAUUCUUGCCAUGUGUGCUUGCUGGGCUAAGUAAUGCACCACAGUACUUGGUCAAGAACAAUGAGUCCUUGGAAAAGGGUUGCAUGUUGGCAGGUGACGUUGAUAGUGUUGUUCUUCCUAUAGAUGCGUGUGGAGGAGAUGGUGCUCUUGCUUUUGCAAGAAGAAAAAGGAACAAGCCACUUAUUAUUGCUGUGGAGGAAAAUGAAACAGUUCUCAAUGAUACGCCAGAUAAACUUGGAAUUGAAGCGAUCAAGGUCUCAAACUAUUGGGAAGCCAUAGGUGUUAUUGCAGCUCACAAGGCAGGAAUAGACCCAAUUUCACUCCGAAGAAACAGAAUAAACAACAUUCCAUGCAAUUCCAAUAUGCUUUCUAAUGGUUAUGCGUAUUCCAGGAUUAUGCCCAUCACCUGAUUAAUGCAUGAGACUAUUUGUUCAACUUAUAUUCAAAACAAAUAUUUAAAAGUUGUUCUUUUGACUAAUUUCAAGCUCUAGCUGGUUCACGCUAUAAGUUGAUGUAGUCAUCUUGAUUGUGAAAGAAGAGCCGAAAAUCUUGGCAGGUCACAUUGGAUUAAUCAACGUGAGGUUAGUCAGCAUUUUUUUUUUAUGGAACUUUAAACAAUCCCUAAAUGCUUGCGGGUGUUGAGUCUCUUCAAUGUUUCAGAACAUCUGGACAUUUGUUAUCAGUUGUACAUUCAGUACACAUUAACUUUUCUUAACGUUAGAAUAAUAUAGUUGUUGGUUUUGUAAUGUUUUCAUCUUUUAGCUGGCAGUGGUCCAUAUGAAGCUUUCAUGAUGCUCAUUUAUAUAAUUCUGCAACAACGUUGUUUUGUCCUA